AUGCUGUUCAAGAAAAUUCGUGCUAAAUUGCCGGAUUUUCGAUUUAUAGCUUUCGCCAUAUCAAACUCUAUUCCAGGACGAAAACUUCUUGGUAAUUGGCGCUUUCCACCAAUUUUCUUCGCAGCUGGUUUUCUUUUUGAAGUUGUUCUUUGUAAACUGCGUAUUAACAAUAUUAAUUUCUACGACGUUUAUAAACGUAAACAAGCACAAGAAUUUGUUACGAAAAAACAUCAACUUGAAGAAUAUCUAAAAACAAUUUCUCUUCAACCGCCAUCGUCAUCAUCAACAUUGAAUAACUGA